AUUUUGUGUAAAAAUCGCGGAGUCUUUUAUUAACUUAUAUUCAUAUUAUGUUUGUUAAGGAACCGUGUUCGCGGCAUACACAUCAUUUGGUAUUGAUUCUGCGUACAUAAUAACCGCAUCAGUCAUGUCAGCUCCGACCGCGUUAAGUUUUUCCAAGUUGAUUUUCCCGGAAACACAAAAAUCGAAGAACAACGUUGAAGAAAUCACUUCUAAAAAGUACGCUUAUAAUAUAGUGGGUGUAUAUAUUUUAUCUGAAAGAGUUUUAAAAAUGUAUACUAAGAUAGUUCUAAAAAAAACUACUCAGAAACUUUUCGAAUUAAGUUAAUAUUAAAAAAAAUGUUUCAUUUUCAUUGUAAAAAAAAAUAAUUCCGCUUGCCUCACAUAAGGUCCACUUACUAUAUUUUAGUACAUUCACACACUACCACAACUAUUGGUUUUACAAUACGCAAAUUGCCCACUUAAUGUUAAUAUUUGGCCGUAUUCUCUAAGCCAAAGCCAAAUAUCCCUAUACCAUCGGCUAGUAGUGGCAGGGUAAUUAAUUUUAAAUGGGAAUUAGUUUAAGUUAACAUUUCUGCUAUCAGAUAUAAAUCUAUUGUAUAAUAAACGGCAUGGCGUUAUUUUCAAUCACUUUUAUAUUGUUUUAUAUCUUUGUAUACACAGGGUCGAUAGUGAGUCUAACGUGAUGGACGCGGCCUGUAAAGGUGCUCAAUUCGGAUUCCGAUUGAUCGGAGCGAUAAUUUCCAAUAUCGUGGCGUUCGUAUCGUUUGUCGCGUUCCUCAACGCCAUCAUAUGGUGGCUGGGACAUUUGGUCGGAUUCGAGGAUUUUUCGUUCGAAGUACGUAUCUGUCCAGAGAAUUUCAUCGUCACAAUAGGUUUUUAAAUAUGAUAUUGCAUGCACAUUUUUUUUUUUCAGUAUAUUCUCGGCAAGGUCAUGAUUCCCGUUACGUGGCUGUUAGGCGUCGAUUUUGACGAUUGCGAAAAGGUCGGAAGAUUGAUCGGACUGAAAAUGACAAUCAACGAAUUUGUUGCAUACAAAAAAAUGGGCGAACAAAUCAGAGACGGCCAACUAAACGUGAGUCAUCCAAAUAAUAAUAUUUACAAUUUUGUACUUAUUCCGGGAACUCAAAUAUUAUUUCCUGUUUGAUUUCCGUCUGUAUAAAAUACAUUUUAUAAUAAAAUAAGACCGUUAACAUUACGAUAAGAGUAUAACCAGAUAAGCCACGCAAUGUUAAUAUUUUACUGUAUCCUACAAGACAUUCCAAGGGUAGGACAUAAUGUGUCGAGAAAUUUACUAAAAUAAACAAAAUACACAAACAUGUUUGACACAAUUUAGAAAAAAUAGGUGUAUGUAAAUGUAAUUUUUAUGGUGAUAUAAAUUAAUUAAAUUAGAUAAAAAAUCGAUAUUUAUCAUUAAACAUUGCUAUUUUAUUAUAACGCACUAGAUAUAAUAGGUAUAAUGAAAUUUAAAAAAUGGAAAAUUUAUAAGUUUGUUUUUUACAAAAGCGUUAUCUCGUGACUUAUGACAUUAUCGCUUAUGAGAGCUAUACUAGCCGAAUUUCAGAAACAGGCAUUUAAUGGAAUAUAUUGAGAUUAAAUGGAUACAUUGUCGUAUAAAAAAAAUACAAUUUCUAACUGCCAUUUGUGUGAGGUUAAGAGGAGUCACUAUAUCAUACCUUUAAUUUUUUAAUAAAACAUUAAAAUAUGCUCUUUAUGUUAAAGAUUAUCUAUUAUCAUUUUUUGUUUUCAUUGUGCGACGUAAACUAAGAAAUACUUAAGUAGUCUGUCACCAUAAUAGCUACGAAGGUUGAGAAACACUAUUAUAAUCAAUACUAAACGAUCUAUCCAACAACAUUAUUUGGGUACUUUUUCUUAUCCGUGUCGUGUUUUCAGCGCAAGUCCGAAAUCAUAGCGACGUUCGCUUUGUGCAGUUUCGCAAAUCCCGGUGCGAUCGGUUCCAUGAUAGCGACGCUGACGACUUUGUGUCCAUCACAGCGAUCGACAAUCACUAAAAAUGUAUUCAGGGCGUUCAUCGGCGGUACAGUAACUUGUUUUUUAACAGCCGCAAUUGCCAGUACGUACAAUUUUAAUUUCAUAAAUAAUAAUUUCAGUGUUCUGUCACCUUCCGCACUAUUUUCUGCCUUAUCUUAUUAAUUUAUUAUCUAGUCUUGUCUAAAAAGCUAAAAUUAUUAAAUCGAUUUAUACGGGAUCGUAUAAAUUCCUUCCGAUAAUACUUAAAAAAGAACUUCCCAGCUCUUUUCUGGAAUAGGUUUAUCUAACGAAAAAACAACAAAUUGUUUUUUGGUCCAAUAAAAAUUAUCAUAACUCAUAAAGUCCGAUUUUACAAAAAACUAUAUUAAUACUUCCAAAAAAAGAAAUUCUGAUAUUAACUCGUUAAGCCAACAAUUAUUGAAGUGCAUUUUGCAGGAACUAAACAGUUUUUUUAUUAAUAUAAGUAAAUGAAAUCCAGUACCAAAUCGGUGGAUAAACGUGAAAAUCGGUUGACAAAACACCCAAAUAAAUUAGUACGCACCACGAACUACACGAAAUAACACAUUAUUUUUUUAUUUUUUUAGGUUUACUUAUGCCAGAAGACGGAAUAAAAAACUGAAAUCGGUUUUAUAACAUUUUUGUUAUCGUAUUCAGAGAGCAUCAACGUGCUCAGGCCAUAUCCUACAGUAUAUUUAUACUAUUGAUCUACGUUUUCGAGGAGGAGACGACGACUUAUCACAGUUUUAAAUCUUAACAAAACAUGACGUUUAUAAUACUUAUCUAUUUUUGUAACUAUUUAUAUUUAAUCAAAUAAAGCCUAUGGGGAUCAUAUUACCUAUAAAAGGAACAAAGAAAAACAACACGUAUAAUAUAAAUAAAUUAUAUAAUUUUAUAAAUAUGGUAUAAUUUUCAAGCUUUUAUAUUAUAUUAACGAGGACCUUCGUCGCAUCUACAACAUUCCUCCGUCAUUUUUUAUAAUUUCCCUGUCACUUAUCUA